UUUUGAAGCAAGAGCAGGGUUAACACAGUUCAGCUGGAGAGAGUCCACAGUCUGCAGAAAUGUCCAAAGGUGGAUGGGGCGGCUACGAUGACUACAGCUGGAUGUCCAAGGGCAAAGGCUCUGGCAAGGACUUUGGAAAGGCGGCAAUGAUGAUGUCGAUGAUGUCCAUGAUGAUGAAGGGGGGCAAAGGAGGAGGCAGCGGAGGUGGAGGCGGAGGAGGAAAGGGUGCUGCCUCGCAGUCCUAUGGAAAAGGCAUGGGAAAUCCAACUGCGGAGUCUGAGGUGGUCUUUGUGGGUGGCUUGCCACGGGAAACCACGGAGGAAGCCAUCACCCUCCAUUUCUCCCAGUUUGGUAUGGUGCAGAAGGUGGACAUGAAGUAUGAUGUAACGACCAAUGUGUUUCGCGGCUUUUGCUUCGUCACAUUUGCUUCCGUUGCUGAAGCCCAGGCGGUUUUUGACAACUACGACAACAACAUGUUCAAUGGCAGGUGGAUUGACUGCAAGCCAGCAGCAAUGGGAAAGGCACAGGACCCGUCAGCAGGGCAGCCACCUAAGCAGAUACCCUGGGAGAAGGCUGCUCCACCUCCCACAGGUUCCACGCUUCGUGCUCGAGGUUUGCCCUUCUCCGCCACCAAAGAGCAGGUGGAGGAGUUCUUUGCAGGCUAUGGCAUGACCGGCAGAUUUCACAACAAGCUCGACUAUAUGGGCCGCCCAUCAGGAGAAGUAUUUGUGGAGUUCUUCAACAACGAUGAGGCUGUCAGAGCAUUCAACGAUCGCAACUUCCAAAUGAUGGGCAACCGAUAUGUCGAGCUCUUAGGCGCCAGUGACAAGGACGUUCAAAUGUACCUUGACAACAACGGAAAAGGAGCUCCAAGCACUUAUGGUCCCAUGAAAGGAGGCAAGGGCUUCAAGGGAUCAUCGCCAUACGACAUGAUGUCGGCCUUUUUCGGCUACUAGUCCGACGAGAUGAGGUGAUUCGGGACGUGUCACCAAAGGUGGAGAGUUUUGACCUAUGCCGGCGGACUGGGCUAAUGGCCACGGUAAAGCAGGCGCAGAUCAUUCAUUGUUUGCUAAGAAAUCAUUUUGGAGAUUCCUACUCGUGUGAUGUUCC